AGGCAGCAGCACAUUUUUGUGAGGUUUACGCAAUUGAAUAAUAACUUUUCCUCGGCCACCGGAAAAUUUUGAAUAUUCUUUAUAAACGAGAUUUGGUCGUAGAAGAGAGAAAGAAAUCAUGUCACAUGCAUUUGCUGUUGCCCUCAGCCGGUCGGCUGCUGCCCCCCUGCUGGCGCUCCGUUGCAGCCGGCGUGCCAUGAGUACAGCUAGAAUAAUGCGUCUGGCCAGCGCUAGCAGCAGUUCCGCCUGCUGGCAACGUCGUAGUCAACUCCUGCCCUCCACCAAUUCCACUGGAAACCUCCAGCAAUAUCUGCGCUCAUAUGCCAACGAAAAGAAGGUCUUCGAGCGCACCAAGCCCCAUUGCAAUGUAGGUACUAUUGGCCAUGUUGAUCAUGGCAAGACUACAUUGACAGCUGCCAUAACCAAGGUCCUGGCCGAUAAGCAGUUGGCCGAAAGCAAAAAAUACAAUGAAAUUGAUAAUGCUCCAGAGGAGAAAGCCCGUGGUAUUACCAUUAAUGUAGCCCAUGUGGAAUAUCAGACGGAGACCCGUCAUUACGGCCACACCGAUUGUCCCGGCCAUGCAGAUUACAUUAAAAACAUGAUCACGGGAACGGCUCAGAUGGAUGGUGCUAUUCUUGUAGUAGCUGCUACUGAUGGUGCUAUGCCCCAGACCCGGGAGCACAUGUUGCUAGCCAAACAGAUUGGUAUUGAUCACAUUGUAGUAUUUAUCAACAAAGUUGAUGCUGCCGAUCAGGAAAUGGUGGAUCUCGUUGAAAUGGAAAUUCGUGAACUGUUGACCGAAAUGGGUUAUGAUGGCGACAAAAUUCCGGUGGUCAAGGGAUCGGCAUUGUGUGCGUUGGAAGAUAAGAAUCCUGAGAUUGGUUCAGAGGCCAUAUUGAAGUUGUUGCAAGAAGUCGAUACCUUUAUACCCACACCAGUGCGAGAAUUGGACAAACCAUUCCUGCUGCCAGUGGAGAAUGUGUAUUCCAUUCCUGGUCGUGGUACUGUUGUAACUGGACGCCUGGAACGUGGUGUGGUCAAGAAGGGCAUGGAAUGCGAAUUUGUCGGCUAUAACAAGGUCCUCAAGUCUACUGUGACAGGCGUUGAGAUGUUCCAUCAAAUCCUCGAAGAAGCUCAGGCUGGAGAUCAACUUGGUGCCCUUGUGCGUGGUGUGAAGCGUGAUGAUAUCAAGCGUGGCAUGGUCAUGUGCAAACCAGGCACAGUCAAGGCUUUAGAUCAGUUGGAAGCCCAGGUCUACAUUCUUUCCAAGGAUGAGGGCGGUCGCACCAAGCCAUUCAUGUCAUUUAUUCAACUGCAAAUGUUCUCUCGCACUUGGGAUUGUGCUGUGCAAGUGCAAAUUCCCGACAAGGACAUGGUGAUGCCUGGCGAAGAUACCAAAUUAAUUUUGCGUCUCAUUCGUCCCAUGGUCUUGGAGCAGGGCCAACGUUUCACUCUUCGUGACGGCAACUUGACCCUAGGCACUGGUGUGGUUACCAAAGUGAUGCAAGGUCUGACGGAAUCGCAACGUUUGGAGCUCACUGAAGGCAAAAAGGCGCGUGAGAAGAAGGAGGCUUCUAAAAAGUAAACCACAGCUGAAAUAAAUUAAAACACACAUAAAUUUAA